AAGGGCCAGAAUGAGUGAGACUGUCAGCUGAAAAAGGGCAAUAACUGAUCCAGGCCUGCGUUUUGGGACUUUUGCAACAUGGGGGAUGGAGAGAAGUCCAAAAUUGAGCAAUCGCACUUGCUGUUUGAUAACUUCAUCCAGGCCACAACCUGCAAAGGCACAUUCAAAGGUUUUCAGGAGCUCUGUGAGAUUCUGGCCAUCACCAAUAUCGACUUCCCCAACUUUUACCCCAAGCUGAAAUCCAAACUCAACUACUGGAAAGCAAAAGCACUUUUUUCAAAACUGGACAAACGAGGAAGUCACAAGGAUUACAAGAAGAACACAGCCUGUGCUAAUACAAAGUGUCUCGUGAUCGGGGCUGGUCCUUGUGGCCUGCGUACGGCCAUUGAGCUAGCGUUCCUCGGAGCCAAAACCAUCAUCGUAGAGAAACGGGACACCUUCUCUAGAAACAAUGUCUUACACUUGUGGCCGUACACUAUUCAGGAUCUGCGCAACCUGGGAGCAAAGAAAAUCUAUGGGAAGUUCUGUGCAGGAGCUAUUGAUCAUAUCAGUAUCCGACAGCUGCAGCUUGUCCUGCUGAAGAUUGCCUUGAUCUUGGGCAUUGAGAUCCAUCUGAAUGUGGAGUUCCGUGGUCUGCUCCCUCCCAGAGGCCAGAAAAAUCCAAAUGCCGGCUGGAGAGCAGAGAUAAACCCUCCAACCAGCAAAGUAACGCAGUUUGAGUUUGAUGCUGUGAUUGGUGCUGAUGGCCGAAGGAACACUCUGGAAGGGUUUCGGAGGAAGGAGUUCCGGGGGAAACUGGCGAUUGCCAUCACUGCCAACUUCAUAAACCGGCACACACGGGAGGAGGCCCAGGCCCAGGAGAUCAGUGGCGUUGCCUUCAUCUUCAACCAGAAGUUUUUUCAGGACCUGCGGGAAGCCACAGGUGUAGAUUUAGAAAAUAUUGUUUACUACAAGGAUGACACGCAUUAUUUUGUGAUGACUGCCAAGAAGCAGAGCCUUUUGGAGAAGGGAGUGAUUCUACAGGAUUUCUCCGACACUGAGAAGCUGCUUUCCCGGAGUAACAUGAAUCAAGAAGCACUCCUAAACUAUGUGAAGGAGGCAGCCAACUUCUCCACCAAUCAUCAGCUGCCACACCUAGACUUUGCCAUGAACCAUUAUGGGCAGCCUGACGUGGCCAUGUUUGAUUUCACCUGUAUGUACGCCUCAGAGAAUGCCUCAUUGAUACGCGAGGAGGGUGGCAAGAGGCUGCUGGUCGCCCUAGUUGGAGACAGCUUGUUAGAGCCUUUUUGGCCAAUGGGAACUGGGAUAGCACGUGGAUUUCUCGCUGCGUUUGAUACUGCCUGGAUGGUGAGGAAUUGGGCACAAGGUGCGGCUCCCCUGAAAGUGCUGGCAGAGAGGGAAAGUAUUUACAGGUUAUUGCCCCAGACCACACCGUCGAACAUCAGCAAGAACUACAACCUCUACAGUAUUGACCCUGUCACUCGCUAUCCCAAAGUCAACAUCCACGUCCUGGAUGAAAAUCAGGUGCGGCACUUGUAUAACACCGGAGAGCAAAAGAACCUGCCAGGAUCAGAAACUGCGGCUAUUCCAAGAUCACCAAAGUUUAAACAAACCGAUUCUUUGGCCCGAUCGCAUAAGCUACUCGCUUGGUGCCAGAAGCAGACCCAGGGAUAUAAGAAUGUCAAUGUGGUUGACCUGACUACGUCAUGGAAGAGUGGCCUGGCACUUUCCGCUAUCAUUCACCGUUACCGGCCGGAUCUGAUAGACUUUGAUCAGCUGAACGAGAAGGAUGUGGAGAGCAAUAAUCAGAUGGCAUUUGACAUUGCUGAGCGGGAGUUUGGAAUUUCCCCCAUAAUGACAGGAAAAGAGAUGGCAGCAGUGGGUGAACCAGACAAACUGAGCAUGGUGAUGUACCUAUCACAAUUCUAUGAGAUGCUCAAGGACACGGCUCCAGAGGAAUAUCUACUCAGUUUUCAUGAUAAGUCAAACAUUGUGAGUGCUACCAAGUCGCCGAUCUCCUUCCUCAGCAGACUGGGACAGACGAUCACUCGCAAGAGGGGGCCGAAGGUAAGCAGCUUGGGGUGCCUGAGAUUACACAGAGUGGAGCUGGGUCCACUUGAUGAGUGAUGGCAACUAUUUGAGUUUUGUUGCGAUCAAAACGAAACAAGAGACAAUUUAUUCAACCAGGAGAUAAUGGUCAAUAAAGACUGACCUUUAUUUUCUCUCAAAGUCUCAUUGUGCAAUUGUUGUGGAUGACAUCAGAAUAAGGAGGAGAUGAAGCUGUU